GCUGACGCAAUCUGGGUUAGGGCUCCCGCCCGACUGCCACGGUCACAUGGUGUCGCGGGCCGCCCGAAAACCGGCACCUUGGCCGCCGCGUUCGGGGCCCCGGGCUUUUGAGCCAGCGAAGAAAUUGGCUUGGCACGUGUGCUUCGUGAGAAAUUACUCGGCCCUGUGUGCUUUCGUCGCGAGGACUAGCGGGAUCGUCUCGACGCGGCAGCGCACGUCUGCGUCAACUGUGUGGCCCACGCGGGUCACGUGUCAUCCGCAAGUGCAGCAGCUUCAGCGCCGUGAAGACGGCGAACAAUGACUUCCCUUGCUCCUGACAAGGAGCGACAGCCAAUGGUGGACGGUGUAGUCAGUGACGCUAUAAUAGUGCGCAAGGACGGAGGCUUGGCGUGGCUCGUCUGUCUAGCCUCGUUCUGGGUGCAUGGCGCUGUGUUUGGUAUUAUUAACUGCUUCGGCGUACUCUACCCAGUCAUACACGAUCUUGCUCCAGACAAGGAACAGGCCUCGUUCCACGCUUCACUAGUUGGUUCGCUAUGCGUGGGGUCGACGUUCGCCAUGUCUCCAGUGGCGAGCCUGCUGGCAGACAAGUUUGGCGCUCGGAUAACCGUGGUGUGUGGUGGCAUUAUAGGAUCCGUAGGACUCCUUAUGAGCUCGUGGGCGUUCAGGGUACCCUACUUAUGGGUCACAUAUGGUGGCCUGCUGGGAGUCGGAUCCACAAUGGCGUACGCGCCCUCGCUCUCUGUGCUGGCGCACUACUUCAACCGCAAGUUGGGUCUCGCCAACGGCAUCGCCACAGCCGGCAGCUCCGUGUUCACGGCGCUCCUACCAAUUCCACUUGCGGCCAUGAUGGAUGCCAUUGGACUGCAAAACACGUUUCGGGUAAUGUCUAUCCUGACGCUGAGUGUAGCUCUGUGUGGCAUCGCCUUCAAAACACCAGUCCUCAUUCAUAAUUGGAAUGACGAGGACAAGGAACCAAACGGCUGCUGCGACGUGCUCAACAGGUCCAUAUGGAAGAAUCGGCGGUUUGUCGUCUGGGUGAUCGCGAUCCCUUUGGCCCUGUUCGGCUACUUUGUGCCGUACGUUCACCUCGUCCAGCACGUGGAAGACGUGUUUCCCGACGCGAACGGCGAGACGCUCGUCACUUGCAUGGGCAUCACGUCAGGACUGGGGCGCAUCUUGUUUGGCAGGCUAGCCGACCUGCCCAGUGUUAGUCCCGUAGUUUUACAGCAGGUGUCGUUCAUGGCCAUGGGUCUGCUCACGCUUUCGAUAGCUGCAGCGCACACCUACGUGUCCCUGGUGCUGGUGUGCCUGUUGCUGGGGCUCUGCGACGGUUGCUUCAUCUCGCUCAUCGGACCAGCAGCGCAGAGGCUGACCGGGGCCCGCGGUGCCUCGCAGGCCAUCGGUUUCCUGCUGGGACUCUGCUCCGUUCCGCUCACCGCCGGACCCCCCGCGGCUGGAAUUCUGUAUGACCAAAGAGGAAAUUACAACCUCGCAUUCCUGCUUGCUGGCAUGCCUCCAAUUGUGGCAUCUAUUCUCAUGUGUGCCAUACAUUUGAUAAAAACGGACCCCGAUGAGCAGCGCGACGUUCAACCAAAGGAAAGCGAUAUCCUUGGAGCGAGGCGGCUCAGUGCACUCGUCGCUUCAGAGACGUGAACGGAGCAUAAAGAGAGCGGGACUCUAAAUCGACAGUUUCGUUGCCGCGAAUACGUGCACAAUGGCCUGUGAUGGCGACCGAUGGAGAAACUGAAGAGGCAGCGACAGCCUCGCUAUUCAAUGGAAAGCUCAGUACGAGAACUGGGAAAGCGUGAACGUGAACAGGGUAACUUUUCCAUCCAUCUGUGCCGCGAUGGAAGCAAUCAAAAUGAUGAUUGCGGCCGAACGCUGCGCAGUUUGAUCUGCUCUAUUCGCCGAAAGCUGGACAGGUGGAGGCUACAAGGACGGGGAAAUAUCAAGGUGGCAGCAGUGGAUACACACAGUCAAGCCGUCAAGCCGGCAAGGCCAAGUGUCGACAGCUUUCUUUUAUGUUGUUUUCUAUUACCGCAGAAAACGUUGUUGCGUGAUUUGUA